UCAUCGUUCUCUCACUGCUGCCUCUCGAUCUCGAAAGACCACUUCGUUCUCUCUCACUCCCAUUCCUCGCUCCCUUUGUUAGUUGUCGUCGUAGCCAGGCUCAAUGGCAUUCAACGACGAUGAGAAACCUCCUACUUCCAAUACAGGAAGCAAAAGGGGUCUGGUGAGAAUCAAGCCGGUGAAGUACCUCCUCAAGGACGAUGCGGCGCUGACAGCGGACACGGUGACGGCGGAGGUCGAGAUCAAUGCCACAUCCUCCACCACCAUCAGGGAGGGGCUGGACCUGGUUGCCGUGCUCGAUCUGAGUGGCAGGAUGGACGGGGAGAAGAUGGACAGCAUGAACAAGGCCAUGGCGUUUGUGAUCAUGAAGCUCACCCCAGUGGACCGCCUCUCCAUCGUCACCUUCUCCGACGAGGCCACCAGGCUCAGCCCGCUGCGCUGCAUGACACCGGCUGCCCAGAACGACCUCAAGGCUCUCAUCGAUGGCCUCCGGGCGAGCGGUGGAACCAACACCAACAUCCAGGCAGGUCUCGAGACUGGGCUGGCUGUGAUCGCCGACCGCGUCAACACCAAGGGCCGCACGGCCAACAUCUUCCUCAUCUCCGGCGGGCGCCAAACCUCCGGAGACGCCAGGCAGGUCGACCCUGGCCAGGUGGGGAUCUACACCUUCGGUCUUGGCAGCAGGGACGAUACGGAGCACCAGCUGAUGAGCGACAUCGCCAAGAAAUCACCGGGCGGGAGCUUCAGCUCUGUGCCAGCUGACGGGCCGUCGGAGGUGAGCCUGCCAUUCUCGCAGCUGCUUGGUGGCCUCCUCACCGUGGUGGCGCAGGACGUGGAGCUCAGAAUCACGCCCAAGACGGAGGAGGGCGACGUGGACACCCUAGUGGUGGCCCCUAGCGCCGAGUACACGCAGGCCACCGACGCCCGCACCGGCGUGAUCACCGUCAAGUUCGGCGCCCUCUUCGCCGGAGAAGGACGCAGGGUGGUGAUGACCCUCGCGCUCAAGGACGUGAGCGCCACCUUGAGCGAGGAGUACGACGCGGCCAUAGCCGACGUCGACCUCAGCUUCAGCGCCCAGGGGAAGCCGCGGGACCCUCAAAUCCCGCAGGAGAUGCAGACAAUAAAGCCAUCUCGAUCUCAGGGCCGCCAGCGCUACGUCGCCAGAGGUGUCGUCGGAAAAGACGGCAUCCUCUGGAUGCGGUAUUCGAUCAGGCGAAAGGCCGCCCCAGCGGCGGCCGGCGGCGACGAUGAGGAUGUGAAACAGGAGACCGUUGCCAACCCGCUCAGCAACGCCGUCGCGAAGAUCCUCAACACAAGCACCUAGCUCGCUCGGCUAGCUCUUAAUUUCCUGUUGGAUCACGCGCAUGCUAAUUUCCUUAAUUUCUUCACGAUUUGCUUAUUUAAUUUACGGUCCAUCCAAUAAGCACGCUUCGCAGUGCACACUCGCUCGUUUUUUUUUUUGAUAAAAGACACUCGCUCGUUUUCAUUAUUUGUUAUUCCAUCAACUGCCAUAUGCUAUAU